AUUUUUAUUUUUUUUAAUGGAGGCGCAAUAUAAGCGGAGUUGCAGCGACGAGCAGAAGCAGACGGAAAAGCUGUGAGAGUGUUGAAAUGGAGGCUUCAAGCUGCCCAAUCGACGCCCAAUUUUCCGAAAAAAUCUCGAUUCUUCUCAGCCCUCCGCCGCUCCCACAAGUUCAGGAAUACUUUGAAGAGCUUGUUUCUGAAAGGAAAUGUAAUGGAAUCAAAGUGAAAUUAGAUGGAGAGCAUGGAAAAGGGGUUUAUAGCGAGGUAGAUUUUCGAGAAGAUGACCUAAUUUUGAAGGAUCAAAUACUUGUUGGUGCCCAACAUUCAUCUAAUAAGGUCAAUUGUAUGGUGUGUAGUUUCUGCUUCCAAUUCAUUGGCUCGAUAGAGCUUCAAAUUGGGAGGAAGUUAUAUUUGGAAGAGUUAGGGAUCUCUGCAGAUGGAGAAUGUGGGUCUUCUGGUGGAAUGGAAUGUAGUAGUUCGUCUGAGAAAACUCGUCUGUCGCAUACUACUAUCCAGUCAUUGAUGGAUGGGUGCUUGCGGCUGCCAUAUUCAGAGAACUUCCCUCUGCCUCCAGUUUUUCCUUGCCUGGGAGGAUGCAAAGAAGCUUAUUAUUGCAGCAAAUCUUGUGCGCAAGCUGACUGGGACUCGUUCCACUCUUUACUCUGCAUUGGGCAUGGAUCAUCAUCUCCUAAUAGAGAAGCGCUUUUGAAAUUCAUGAAGCAUGCUGAUGAGACAAAUGAUAUCUUCAUCCCUGCUGCCAAGGUAAUUUCCUCCACCAUUUUGAGAUACCGAAAGUUGAAAGCAGCUCGUGUUGAACAGCAGGGGAAGCACGUUACGUCAGAUCCGCACGACAAUUGCAUAUUCCCUUUGCUAUUAGAGGCUUGGAAGCCAGUGUCGAUGGGAUUCAAGAGAAGGUGGUGGGACUGCAUUGCUCUGCCAGACGAUGUUGAUUCUUGUGAUGAAGUCGACUUCAGAAUGCAAAUAAAGGACUUAGCAUUUGAGUCGUUGCAGCUGCUGAAGGAAGCCAUCUACAACAGGGAAUGUGCACCGUUAUUUUCCCUCGACAUCUAUGGUCAUAUUAUUGGCAUGUUUGAGCUGAAUAACCUUGAUUUGGUUGUAGCAUCCCCAGUCGAGGAUUACUUUUUGUACAUCGAUGAUCUUCCUCUCUCCCAAAAGGAAGAAGCUGAGAAGACUACAAAACCUUUCCUUGAUGCUCUUGGCGAGGACUAUUCUGUUUCAUGCGAAGGUACUGCAUUUUUCCCUUUGCAGAGUUGUAUGAAUCAUUCAUGUAUCCCUAAUGCCAAAGCAUUUAAGCGCGAAGAGGAUAGGGACGGUAGAGCUACUAUACUUGCUCUUCGACCUAUUUCAAAGGAGGAAGAGAUAACUAUAUCGUACAUCGAUGAAGAUCUUCCCUACGAAGAAAGGCAACUACUACUCGCUGACUACGGCUUCACAUGUAAAUGCCCCAGAUGUGUAGAGGAAGCACCGUAAGCCAAAUUAACUGGCCCUAUCUCAUUGAGACCGCGUCUCGAGAAAUUUCGGGUGUUGUACGAUUUCCAGAGACUGCCGCAGAAGCAACGGGCUGAUGCAGCUCGAAAUCGGGUGCUAUUUGCUCAGAUUAGUUUUACCUAGAUUCUUUACCUUUAGUUAAGAUCUCAAAAUUUUCCUUUUCUUCAAGUCGUUUUGAUAGAUUAUCUAACUUUUUAUGUAGUUUGUGACCAUGAAAAGAUGCAGCCACUAUUUGAGCGUUUGAUAUAGUUAGUUUAUGGAUAGUGUUUUUGGAUAGUGUUUUUUUUGAUACAGCAGAAAAAAUUGAUGUAGAGAAAUCUCAAAUGCCAAUAACACCUUGAGUUAUGGAUAA